AUGCUGGAGACCUACAGCAGCCUGCUCUUCUUGGGACACUGCAUUACCAAACCCGACUUGAUCUUUAAGUUGGAGCAAGGAGCACAGCCAUGGAUGGUGAGCGAAUUCCUAAAUCAGAACCUUCCAGUUGCCAUGAAAAGUGAUGACAUUAUUAGAACCAACCAGGAAAUUCAAGAAAACAUUUUUAAGCAGAAUGUUAUUACAAAUAACAAGACAUCAACUCCCAAAAGAGUUAUGUCAAUAAAAAUACUUAGUUUAAGUUCAAGUCAUGUUUCAAGGCUGAUUAACAAAAAAAGAAAUUAUUCAUCAAUGAAACCUGAGGAAUACAACGUGUGUCACAAUGUGUUUCCCCACUGUGGGCAUGAUGAGCUGCAAGCUGGAGAGAAAUUUGAUGCCGCUAAGGUACCUGAGAACUCUGCCCAGUGCUCUGAGCCUCUUAGUGAGUAUCACAAGAUUCAGACUGUGAAGCCUUCAUUUGAACAUAGUGCACAAGGGAAAGACUUCAAAAAGAAGAAGAUAUUCUUUAGAUUUGGCACGGUCCAUAUGGGAGAUUCCUGUAAUAAGCCAACUGUCACUGUUGGAAAGACAACUCAAAUAGAAAAGACUCUUCAUAAAAAUACUAACCUCAGUAAGCAUCAACAAAUCAACACAGGAGAGGAACUCUAUGAAGAUAUGGGAUAUGUGGAGCCUCUUAUUUAUAAAUCAAAUCUUGCAAUAAAUCAGAGACAACAUAUACAGAAAAAAACCCUAUGCAUUCUCUGGCAAGAAGUCACAUUUCAUGAUGCACAGAGAAUUCACACAGGAAAGAAACCUUAUGAAUGUAAUAACUGUGGCAAAGCCUUCAGCUAUAAGUCACAGCUCAUAAUCCAUCAGAGAAUUCACACAGGAGAGAAACCUUAGGAGUGCAAUGACUGUGGAAAAGCCUUUGGACGGAAGUCGCAACUCAUAAUCCAUCAGAAAAUUCAGACAGGGGAGAGACCUUAUGAAUGUAAAGACUGUAGAAAAGCCUUUGUCCAAAUGUCAGACCUCAGAAGACAUCAGAGAAUUCACACAGGGGAGAAACCUUAUGAAUGUAAUGACUGUGGAAAAGCCUUUCGCUAUAGGUCACAACUUUUAAUCCAUCAGAGAAUUCACACAGGGGAGAGACCUUAUGAAUGCCAAAAUUGUGGGAAAGCCUUUGGCCAGAAGUCACAUCUCAUAAUGCAUCAGAGAAUUCAUACAGGUCAGAAACCUUAUGAAUGUAAUGACUGUGGAAAAGCAUUUGGCUCUAAGUCACAACUCAUAACCCAUCAAAGAAUUCAUAGAGGGGACAGGCCUUAUAAAUGUAAUGACUGUGGAAAUCCCUUCAGCUAUAAGUCACAACUUAUAAUCCAUCAGAGAAUUCACACAGGGGAGAAACCUUAUGAAUGUAAUGAUUGUGGGAAAACAUUUGGCAAGAAGUCACAUCUCAUAAUGCAUCAGAGAAUUCACACAGGGGAGAAGCCUUAUGAAUGUAAUGACUGUGGAAAAGCCUUCAGCUAUAAAUCACAACUCAAAAUCCAUCAGAGAAUUCACACAGGAGAAUAACCUCAUGAAUGUUAUGACUACAGAAAAGCUUUUUGCUGUAAAUCACAACUCAUAACACCUGACAGCUUUUGUAAGGCUGGGUGAGUGUUGACAAAUUCAGUUUCUUUUUGUUUGAUAGGUCUUUACUUCACAUUCAACAUAAAUGAGUACUUUGCAGGGUAUAGUAUUCUCAGUGGAUGGAUUUUUUUUCUCUUAAGACUCACACUAUGUCUCUCCAUUUUCUCAUAGACCAUA